AUGAUCGUUUAUCCUAUUAUUUUUAUCAUUGGUUUCAUUGGUAAUUUACUUUCAUCAUUAAUUUUCUCUACAACUGAAUUAAGUCAAACCUCAUGUGGUGUUUAUUUUCUUUUACUUGCUAUAUAUGAUUCAAUUGCAUUACUUGGUGGUCUUCACCAUUGUUUAACACUUGGCUAUCAUGUUUCAGUACCUAAUGCUAUUUAUUGUCGUGCUCGCAAUUUUCUUUUAUAUAUAUCUAUGGAUAUGACUUCAUGGAUGAUAGUAGCUAUAUCAGUUGAUCGUUAUUUUAAAGUAAAAUUUCCAAUUAAAGCACAAAUCCAUGCUACACAAAAAUUAGCAAUUAUUAUUUCAUGUAUAAUAACAUUUGUUUUUAUUAUAAAAAAUUUUCAUUUAGCAACAGUUUUUAUCGGAGAUUUUAUAGAUGAUGCUGCUGAUAAUUGUGAUCCAAAUCCAGAUUAUCCUAAAUAUGUAGCAUUUUUUAAAAAUAUUUGGCCAUGGAUUGAUCUAACAACAUAUGCUUUAUUACCUAUUGUUAUAGUUACAUUGUGUAAUGCAUUUAUAAUUCAUGAUCGAUAUAAACGACAUGUAAAACUUCGUAAACGUAAUCUUGAUCACUCAUUAAUUAGAUUUCUUUUAAUUAGUUCAAUAUCAUUGAUGAUUUGUAAUUUUCCUAUGUCAAUAACAAUUGUUAUUUUUCCAUAUGUUUCAACAAGUGAUACUAAAAAUAACUAUUAUGAUGAAGUUAGAUUUAUAUUUGAUCUUUUACGACUACCAUCUUAUGCAUCAUUUGCAUUCAAUUUUUAUUUAUAUUAUUAUUCAUCAAGUUUAUUUCGACAACAAUUAAUGCUUUUAUUUAAACGUUUAUGUAGAAUUCAAAUAAAAUUUAAUCACAUUAGUAUACGUAGGAUGGAAACAGAUCGAAUACGAUGUCCAAAACAACUGAAUUUAAGAGAAGAACUAGAAGGAAAAUAA